CCGACUUCUGCCAGAAAUGCUCCUCACAUACUCCAAUGAAACACUCGCGCACUCGCACAGGAUGCCAGACGUGCCGGAUCCGGCGGAUUAAAUGCGACGAGAGACCUGGAAGCUGCGAGAAAUGCGCCUCUACAGGCCGUAUCUGUGACGGAUACGCUUCCGUCCAGCUGCCCAUACGCAAGCCCCGAAAUGCCACCACUUCCCUGCUACAUCACCCUGGUCUUGCGGCGUCUCUGCCCGGAAAAUCCUCCGACGAGCGCUGGUGCUUCACCUUCUUCCAGACGCAGACGAUCCCGAUGCUCGCCGGCUGCUUCGACUCGCAUCUGUGGCCGGUCGUGCUGCAGAUGUGUCCUGCCGAGCCGGCUGUCUGCCACGCCGUCACUGCCUUGAGCGCUCUCCAUCAAGCCAGCCAACAAGCGAAGAGUGGGAUAUACCACGCCUUUGCGUUCAAGCAGUAUGGCCGGGCUCUGGCGACGCUGCGUGCCCGGCUGGCCUCGACAAACGACCCGCAGCUGCGAUCCGUGGCGCUGGUGUCGUGUCUGCUGUUCAUGUUCUUUGCCUCUAUCCAGGGGAAUCUGAGCGAGGCGCUCCUGCAUCUCAAGCAAGGAAUGCACAUCCUCUCUCAUCGGCACGGCCAGGCUGCGCGGCAGAUGCUUCUCUCGGCGCAGAACCAGCCUCUCUCCAUGUUUGAAGCCAGUGUGUGGAAGCUGUUUGCCCAUCUGGAAGUCCAGUCGGCGCAUUUCGACGCCUCCGGGGCGCUCAAGCUGUAUCCGACGGACGGCCAGCUGGUGGAGGUAGAUUCCUCGCCUUGCAUGUUUCACUCGGUCAACGAGGCCAAGGAGAUGCUGGAUCCCUUGCUGAACAACGUCUUCCGGGUGUGGACGUUGCGUGAAGAGACGGACUUUUUGACUCUGGCCGUGGAACAGCGCAAGAUCCAGUCUGAGAUUAUGCGCCAUAUGGCGGCGUUGGACAACUCGAUGAACAACAGCAACAACACCAAGUUCAUCACUAGUGAGAAAGACUCUCGCUGUCUCGACAUCAUCCGUCUGCACCACCUCAUCCUAUACAUCAACGUCGAGACCAUCCUCAGCACCUCCGAGAUGGUGUUUGACCAUUACAACCCCGAGUGGAGGGAAUGUCUCCGCCUGGCGCGCCGGAUCAUCGACUCCUUUCGCGCCGAGUUCUCUGCAUCGUCCAUGCCCAUCCUGACUGCCGACCUGGGCGUCCUUUUGCCCCUGUCCUGGAUCACGUUGAAAUGCAGACACCCGGGUCUGAGACAAGAAGCGCUCGAUCUGAUGGCCGAGUGGCCGCAUUGCGAGGGGUUCAACGAUUCUGUUGUUCUGCUGCAAAUCUCGCGCGAAAUCAUCGACUUCGAGAUGCGGCAGGGCUGUCUCCCUAUUCCAGACGAGGCGCGAGUCAGAAGUUUUACCUUGGAGGAUGGUGUAUUGCUGAUUAGUUGAGAAUCAAUUAAAUAUUAUAUGGGUGUAUAAUACAGAGUACUACAACUUCUA